AUCAAUCAUGACAAACAUUAAAGCCGGUGCCUUGUAUCUGGUAUCAAUGAUCUCCUGUAUAGUAACCAUUACAGAUGCUGUAUGUAACCUUAGGGAAGACCAGCUCAGCCUCUCGGACUGGACGGGUACCAUCAAGACCCCAGAUUUCGAUACUGGUCAAUAUCCACCAAACCAGAUAUGUACCUGGCGAGUCACACUCAGCAAAGGAAGCCGCAUCCGCCUCGUAUUCGACGAAUUUGACCUUGACCCUGCGACCAGUACCGCUGCAAGUACAGGUGCUGAUUGUCAGGAUUAUGUCAAGAUUAUCGAUGGCAUGAUCAGCACUCCGCAGGAAAUGGGGACAUUUUGUGGGGGAACGACUCCUCCCCCUCUGGUCUCACGAUCCAAUCAAAUAACAGUUAUGUUUUCCUCCGACGGAAAUAGCGGGAAUCGUGGAUUCAAGCUUACUUAUUCAGGAAAUUGUGAAAACAUCAACGUGACGAACAGUGAUACGGUGUUGGAAAGUCCUAACUACCCUAGACCACCUCCAGAUAACGUCCGCUGUGAGUGGUGGGUGACUGUUCCAGACACCAUGUCCCCUCUGGUGCGGGUACCGGAUUUCCGGACUAACGCUUCCAAAUGUGACGACGCCAUCGUGAACUUGUAUGGUUCUUUUGACGAAGCCAACUGGAUCUGCAGAGACAGAAUUGAUCCAACAAAGUUUAACGGAAAUAAGAUGAUCAUAGAAUAUACGAAGAAACCCAGUGUCCAGCCCGCAGUGUUUUCGCUGGAUGUCACAUUUGUCGACAAAUGCACGGAUGACUAUUGUGAAAAUGGCGGGACUUGCGAAGACGAAAUGCUGGGUGUUGUCUGCAAAUGUGCCAAAGGUUUCCACGGUGACCGAUGCCAUCUGAAGCUCUUGACAUGCCAAAAUCAGCCAUGCAAAAACAAUGCGGAAUGUAUCGAAACUGACGAAGAGAUUGUGUGCGAGUGCACACCGGGUUUUGCAGGUGAGACGUGUGACGUCAGAAUAAACGAGUGUGCUCCAAAUCCUUGUCUCCAAGGUGGGACAUGUGUUGAUAAAACUACAGACUACAGCUGUAUCUGCCCCGAGGGUUAUGCCGGAAAGAACUGCGAGAAUCCUCUAAGCGAGUGCGAUCGGAAACCAUGUCAAAAUGGCGGAACUUGCCAAGACUUCCGGAAUGGUUUUAUCUGCGUUUGUCCGGACGGCUUCACAGGUGAGAUAUGUCAGAAGGAGCUGAGUACGUGCAAUUCGGACGGGUGUGUCCACGGGGUGUGUCAGGGCACGCCGGACGGCAUGGUCUGUGAGUGUGAGCAAGGAUACACCGGCGAGAAAUGCGAUGAAAACAUCGACGACUGUAAGAUGAAUCCUUGUAAUCGGGGUUCCACGUGCGUUGAUGGGAAAAAUGGUUACCAAUGUUUAUGUGCCCCAGGUUAUACGGGGGAGAGGUGCUACACCGACAUUUUCGAAUGCGCUGACAACCCGUGCCUAAAUAACGCCACCUGCGAAAAUCUCGUCCCCGGCUUCCGGUGCACAUGUCCGCCUAAAUACGUCGGUGAACUCUGUGAGAAGUAUUUGGACGCUUGUGACCCUUCUCCUUGUGGAAAUCGUGGGACAUGCGUGGACACAACUGGGGGGUUAGAAUGUAUCUGUCCUCCUGGAGUGACCGGAAAGACAUGCGAUACGCCGAUCAACCCCUGCACAAGUAACCCAUGUAAGAACGAUGCCCCUUGCGUGGCGACCAUCCAGGCCAUGGGUCCAGUUUACGUCUGUGAAUGUCCACUCGGCUACGAAGGACAGCAGUGUGAGGUGGAGAUCAACGAAUGUGGCUCUGAACCAUGUCAAAAUGGAGGCAUUUGUCGAGACAUGGUAAAUGAUUUCAUGUGUAGUUGUCCUCGAGGUUUUCGUGGAAAGCGGUGCAAUAUCACGGUGGCCACUUGCAGCUCACGGCCCUGCAAGAACGAUGCCGAUUGUGAGGACAACAACAACAACGGCGAAUUUCAAUGUCACUGCAAAACUGGAUUUACCGGAAGUGUUUGUGAGACGGAUAUCAACGAAUGUUUGGAGAGGCCGUGUAAGAAUAACGGUAGUUGUGUAAAUCAUAGAGGCUUCUUUGUCUGUGAGUGUGUGCCAGGAUUCCAAGGAAAGACUUGCGAUAUAAAUAUUGAUGAGUGCUCUUCAAAUCCUUGUAAACAUGACGGAGCAUGCGUGGACAUGGUGAACGAUUUCCGAUGUGAAUGUGGUGCUUCCUUUGGAGGCAAAACUUGUGACGAUUUCAUUUUAAAGGAUUCCCCCCAUUGUCAAGACGACGAGGAUGCUAACGGUAUAAUCUGGUUUAGCACGCUCACCGGAACGGAACAGAAGCGACCUUGCCCGCCGGGCAUUAUGGGAUAUGCCACGAGGCUUUGUGGUUCAGAUGACCCGUCCCCGCUAGGCGGAGUCUGGAGUGAUCCUGACCUGCGCGGUUGCGUCCGUCCUCUACUUAUACAGUUAUCAAACGAGGCUCAACGAUUGCUGACAGAUGACUUCGUUAGUGAUCGUCAAAUCGCCUUCCUCACUGAGAAGAUCGUGAACGCUACCAAACUCCGUGCAGGGUCAACGCUGUAUCCGGGAGAUUUGAUCUCUGCCUCGGAAACCAUGGGAACCGUGGCUGUGGCAGUAGAAAAGGCGACAGUUAGCGGGCAGGGGCUCCGAAAGCUGGCAGAGAUAUAUGGUGAUGCAUUAGUGAAUGUUAUUGACCCGGAAACUGCAACUGUGUGGAACAAGAUCAACGACGUGAGCUUUGUCGAGGAAAAGGUCACGGACGUCUUAGACUCAACAGAACUUCUUGCUGAAAACAUGGCGUCCAAAUUGUCACAGUUCUACCGCAGACGAAAACGAGGUUUAUAUGAUACCAUAGAGGACGACACCAUCUCCGUAGUAAAACAUAACAUGGAGUUUCGAAUAAAAUUGAUGUCCCCUGACACCGCCGGUAACCAGCUGUCCUUCCACGGCCAGACGACAUCCAGUUCGAUCAGCUUACCUAGAGAAAUACUGACCACAGUCGGUGAAGGUGGUCAAGGAACAUUUGGGUGUUUAUUAUGGGAAGUUUUCAUCUGUGUCCAGGCUGUUGACUCCCCGCCCGUUCUCUGUGAACUCAGGCAUAUGAACCUUUUAAGCAUCAAUGCCAUAGAGACAUCUGUAGAGGAAGAGGUGUUUUGCAAUGCACAUUUAUCUUUCUUUGACAGGUGGCCCUCCGCAAGGUGGCCUAGAACGGGAUGUGGAGUUCUCGAGCAGAAUGGCUCUCACGUGAUCUGUCAUUGCUAUCACCUGACCAAUUUUGCUGUAUUAAUGGACGUCUAUGGAAUAAGUGACGGACUAAGCGAGGUACAUGAGCGCACUCUCUCGUUCAUUUCGUACAUUGGCGGCACUCUGUCUAUACUGGGAUGUAUUCUGGCAAUAGCCGUCUUCGAAUACUUUAGACUGAAAAGUGACCGGGUGAGGAUUCACGAGCACUUGGCGAUAUCUAUCAUUCUGGUGCAAUUUAUAUUUCUGGUGGGCAUAGAUCGUAAGGAAAACCCGCACGUCUGCAAGGUGUUCGCUGUGCUGUUACACUACUCUCUGCUCGCCAUGUUCUGCUGGAUGCUGGUCGAAGGAAUCCAUUUAUAUGUUAUCUUGGUGAAGGUCUUCAAGAAAGGAAGUCAUCUGAAAAAGUACAUGGCUCUGGGAUGGGGAAUACCGCUGAUCAUAGUAGCUGUAUCGGUUGGAGUGUUUUACGACGAUUAUGGGCAAGGAGAAAUGUGCUGGAUGACAAACUUCAUGCUCCUCGUACUCUUCGUUCCUAUAGCAACAGUUGUCAUACUGUUGAACGUGUUUGUACUAGUGGUGGUUGUACGGGUGAUGCUGAAGUCCUUCGCUAUCUCGGGUAAAACAAAUAGUGAAGAGGCUUCCAGUAUAAGAAUCACUCUAAAGGCGGCAGGUGUUUUACUCCCUUUACUGGGUCUAACCUGGAGCUUCUGUUUCCUGUCGUUUGACACCAAAGCCACUCUCCUCUUCACCUACCUCUUUACUCUGUUUAACUGUUUACAGGGAGUGCUGUUCUUUGUUUUCCACUGCCUACUGAACAUUGAUGUGCGGAAGGCGUACGAAAGGCGUUAUAAACGUCCAAAACAGACAUCUGUGAAUAUCCCCAACGGCGACCGGAAUUCGGGGUCACGACGGAAGGGAUCUUUGAUGACCACGGAUUGCGACCCCUUUGUGGACACGGGGCCCUACAACGGUUCCUCGCUCUCCUAUAGGAGUUCCACCAAAUCUGACGACACCGAAUUCUCAGAACUGAGUUAUUACAGUAAGCCAUCAACCGGAAGUCAGGGGGGUAUCAACAAUCUGUCAUCAACAGUUCCUGAAAACUCUUUUACCGCGGACAAAAACACAGCAGAGAGUUACCUGUCACAACUUCCUAAGCCCACGUGACAUCAUCACGUGACAGACGUUAUAACCAUACAUAAUCACUUGCCAUACAUAAGUGUAAAUAGUUCCGGAAGUCUGUGACGAAUGUCCCGGAUGUAAAUAUUUAUGCUUGUGUAGGUUGUUGUUACGUAAAACCUGAAGCUAGCAAGAUGUUACUCGGAUGUAAAUGCAUACAUUUUCUAACGUUACAUCUCCCAACGAAGAUGACAGUAACCUCAUUGUUACUACUUUUGAGACAACCCUGUUGAUUUGUGGUUGGCUUUCUUGGUUGGUAAAAUUUGUAAUGAGUAAAAGUGUCAAGUUGUUAUGAUGCUUUUUCUAACCAUUAGCUGGUCACUGACUAUAUUUGUUUGUUGAUAGUAUAUGGCGUUACAUAUCUCAGGGUAAUCAAGUGUUUACGUUCUGCGGCGAAACCCCCAUUUUCCUCAAGUUGUGAAAAUGACCACUCUAAUAUCAUUUUACCUCACGGGCCUAUAAUAUAAAAAGACCUUUGUAAUAUUAAUAGGAAACCGGCCUAUUUGACUUUAUUUUUAAGAAGAUACUCUAUAGUAAUUACCUACUGAACUUGUGUAACUCUUGGUCUAUUGAUGCUCAACUGUAUGUAUUAAACAUAUAUAGUUAUAGUUUGUGCACAACACCAUCCUAUAUAUGCUGUAUUGUAAAACUAUACAUGGGCUAUACUUGCCCUUGUAGUGCACGUCCUUAUUAUCUUUUUAUGCCUUCAUAUAAUUACAUGAUAAUGAAAUCAGAUUGUACAAAGUAGUUCCACAACUACGGCAAAUCUUUGGAGUUUUCUAGUCAGAGAGCAUGGUGCGACAGAAUGGAUUGCUAUGAUACUGUAAUGUAUGCAUUGUAGAGUUUUUCUUAUAUUUUCGUGCAUUGUGCUGAAAACAUCAAAAGUUUAAAUCAUUCAGUUGUAUCUUUGGAGACGUGCAAUAUCAGAGGAGUACCCUAUAAUGUUUCCAGACUAUGCUUUUUCUUGCCAUUUUAGUCCUAGAUACGUAUUUGUUAAUUACCAUGUAUAUAUUAAUUGAGAUUUGUUUUUGUUUUACUUGUUAUGUUCCAUUAAUCAUGUACACGUAAAUUAGCAGUCAUGGUGAAUGGUAAACGACAUCGUAUGCACAUUUUGCUGAAAGUCGUCUUGUGAUGGGUUUAGAGCGUAGGCAGAUAGAUGGUAACAUAACUGUGGGAAAUUUUUAAAAUACCGAUAACAAUAACAACAGAACAGAGAGAUUACGUUAUUGAUUGUGGUUGGCUUAUGUCGUUUUAUCUGGACUCUUGAUCCUUAUUGUAAACUGCGCCCAAAAUAAAAAAACAAGGCCUAUCAGAUAUUCGUUGGGAAACGUGUAAAAUAAUUUGAACCUUAUUCGUGUAAUCUGUUCUUCUUUCCUGCCUUUGCGCUGACGCGUUGUGUUAAAACUGAUGACGUGUUACACAUGCAUUGCAAGAGAACAAUGGUGUCAGUUUAGCUUGGACUCGAUUCGCCAUUGUCCGGAAGUGCCCCAUUCCGCCGUUGUCUUCUGUGUAGACACUGACUCAGAGGUUCUGAAGUAUUUGGACAGAUAUGCGAAAACUCCGAAGGAUUAGCGAUUGUGAUGUUUAAUCUCACCAGUUAAAGUUAGAUACGUUACUCAUUCAGUCAAUUGUGGCUGAUGUAUUGACGAUCAAAACUAACCACAAUCUCCAUUUAACGGCACUUUUAUUUAACGAUCUGAUACAAAAAGUAUGAACCAGGCACAAUAUUAUAUCGAGGUAUACGUUCGCUUGUCUCGACUACCAGUCCGGCGAGACCAUUUCAUGGGAAACAACUCAAAGAGUUAACUCCCUUGAUUGACUGAACACGCGAUUUAUAUACAUGUAUAUCUAACAUUCUAGUAAUGCACUUUCCACUUAAUAAUAUUUGUACAGUUUCGUCCCCACCGACGGUCCUAAGUGAUACUAGUGCUAUUCUGUGUACAUAAAUCAAACUAUGUUUCUUAAAGUAGAUAUAUGUAGACUUGUACAUAGAACGAAUUGUAUAUUUCACAAUGUUUCUUUUUUGUAAUAAAACAUUUGCACGAUUCAGUACAAAAACUUUUGUUUUAUGUUUUAUUUUUUUUUUGUUUGUUUG